UGCAAAUCCGUUGCUGAUAUUUUCCAGAAAAAAGCAAACUAACCCAGAAUAUAAUGGCCAGCCUGCAAAAUCUCCCAGCAGAGUUAGUGUUGCUGAUUUGUUCCUUCUUCGACUUUGACGAUACGUUGCGGCUUGGCCAAACGUGCUCGCAUCUGUGUGCCAUAGUGAGUAUUGCAAAAAAUCGGAACCAGGUUUUUGAGCCAUUCAUUAAAGAAAUCGAUACCAAGGUGUUUUGGGACACCAAUCUUUGGGACCCGAGCAUAGGAGACGCAGUCAAGGUACUGGCCAAUGAAAUCUCGUCCUUGAGGGAAGAUGAAGCCUUUCCGGGGGUUGAAUAUCGGUGGGAUACCAUCAAGGUACUAAAGGACUAUGGCCUUGGGAUCAUCCCUGAUUUCGAAUGCUCGUGGGUAGUCCAAGCACUGGCGGGGGGGAUUGGAUAUGGAGGGACACCACUCACAUGGGCAGUCUGGAGAAGCCAUGAACCGAUAGUGAAGCUGCUGCUUAGCAAAGGCGCAGAUGUGAAUCUCCACGAUGAAAAGGGCGAGACACCGUUAUUGCGCGCAGCUACAGACGGGAAUGAGAGGAUGAUUUCCCUGCUUCUGGAGAAGGGGGCCCGAAUAGAGCUGACGGAGCCAGAGUAUGGCCAAACACCACUUGCGUGGGCGAGUAUAAUGGGCCAUGAGAAAGCAGUGCAGCUGCUCCUAGAGAAGGGCGCCAACAUCGAAUCCAAAGAUGCGCAUGGCUUGACUCCACUGGCAGCUGCGGCGAUGAGUGGUCAUGCGGCAGUGGUCGAGGUUCUGCUGCAGUAUGGCGCAGAUGUGGAGACACUUAACAACGAAGGCCAAACGGUGCUGUCUUUGUCUGCUCAGAGCUAUCAAGAAAACACCUUUUCCAUCCUGCUUGCUUGGUGCGUAAACACCGGCCAGCAACACUUGUUUCACACUGCGGAUCGUGAUGGUGUGACGCUUCUCCAUUUCCUGUGCAGAACCCCGUGGAAUAUCAGCUUCAUCAAGCGUCUCAUCGCGGAGGGGGCAGACAUGUGUGCUCUUGACAAUUCGAGGAGGAGUCCAUUGAUGUGGGCCGUGGAGAGAGGGCCAUUUGACAGCGACUUGGCUUUAGACAUGAUGUUGGAGAGAGCCGAGGUGCUAUCUCAACAACCCAAAGUGAUUUUGACCCCAACAACAGAAGGCUUCCUACCCUUGCACUUUGCGGCCUGCCUUUCCGAUUCCAGAACCAUCCUUUAUCUUCUCAGAAAUGGCGGCCGAUCCGGUUUGAAUCACGCUGACCAAGAAGGCCGUACUCCGUUUAUGGUCGCCAUGCACCCUAGAACGUCAUCUAGACGCGAUCGAGAUACCGUGGAGAGACUGCUUGAGUUUCCGGAUCUCCAGCUGGGCCGCCACAAAUGUCGCGGUCUCACAGAGCUUCAUAUGGCCGUGACGCACUGCCCAGCAGAGAUUCUUCCCGCUAUUCUGCGUCAUAAUCGCGCCUUGUUGAAUUCCGUUAGCGACGAGGGGAGAACGCCACUGCUUUAUGCGAUUGACUUCUCCGAAUACACAUGGGUCAAACUUCUCCUCAGCGAGGGUGCCGAUCCUGAGAUUCCCGACGGUCUGCUCGAGCAUAAUCGCGACAUCGUCCUGCACCACGCCGUUCUUGGAUCUUCAACUGACAAAGUCUGUCAACUGCUGACGUCUCCAAAUAUCGAUUUACACGCUACGAAUCAGCAUCGGCAUACUGCUCUACACGUUGCCGUUCACAAUCCACGCGUCGAGCUAGCAAGGGAGAUGGUCCGACUAUUGCUAGAAAGCGAUAAAAGCUGCCGGCUAGCAAGUGAGGCCGGUCUUUUGGAUAGAACGGCCUUGGAUUGUGCCAUCCGCGCCGAGAGAGAGGAGUGCAUAGAAGUACUUGUACAGCCGGAAUGGAAGGCCUCGGCACUCGGUGGCUGGACUACCAGGGACAAGCAGAUCAACCAGUGGUCGGAUCGUGCCUGGUAUCCGGACUUGCUGUCGAUAUUGGGUAGACGUGUAGAUAGUUCCUAGAACAGUCUUGGGUUUUCUUUUCAAAGUGGAUUUUAAAAGUGUGGCCGUUAAAGUGACACUGAGGUAGAUCAACCGAGCAUAUAAACACAGAACUGCAAACCAGGA